AUGGAAGACACUUUUAAGCGCCAUCGUCAAACCCUAGACAAACCUCAUUCCCUCACCACUAACGACCGCCGGCGCCCUCAUGACAACGGAGAUCUCAGUACAGAGGAAGGCAACUCCGAGAUGUGGAACAACUUCUCCAACAGAUUCCGACAGGUGCAAUUGGUGUUGAAUCGGAACAGAUCCUUGACACAACAAGUCAAUGCAAAUCAUCAGUCGAGAACGAAUGACAAUAUGGUGCAAAACGUGAGCCUGAUUCAGGAGCUUAAUGGCAACAUUUCUAAAGUAGUUUCUCUCUAUUCUGAUAUUUCCACCAAUUUUUCAACCAUGUUUGGUCAAGAAAAUGACGCCAUUGGAGAAGAAACCAACAACCAGAGACAUCAUUGA